AUGCUGACUGCUGCAACUAAAGUUUCGUCAACCUUGAGGGUGGUACAGCGUCGCUAUGCUUCAGCUUUUUCUGUGAAAGGGAUAAAAGUAGAUCAUUCACUUUGGAGACCUCUAAUUUGGGUAGUUCUGUUUGGAUCAAUGGUGUCUCAUGUAAUCGAUGCAGAAAAAAGAUUGGAGGACCUAGAUAGGAGGUAUAAGUUGAAAAUUGAUAAGCUUAAUACACUGGUACAGAGAGUCUCCGACAACGACUUCAAAUUCAAUGUAGAUGAGGAAUUGAAAAUAGUGAAUAAACUGUUUAUGAAGAAUCCAUCGAAACUCCGCCUAGUAGAUAUGAAAACAGAUAAAGUAGUCUCAGAUAUAAGGGAAGAGUCGCUGGAAGAUAUUUGGAAGCAGAUUCUACAGGAGGCUGAAGCCAGUAACGAGGGCGCAACAUUGCAUGACGCUACUGAUAUUGAUAUAGUAUCAGAUAAUGGGAAACUAAAAAUAUUAAAGGCUCGAGAAAAGCAAGCAAGAGUAAGUUCUUCCAAUAAAUAUGUCAGCAGCUCUGAACCGCUGCAAAAGAUCGAGACUUCGAAAUUUCUAUAA